UUUGUGCGCCCCGUUGGGAGGGUUAGCUGGCGAGUCAGCUAGCGAGUUAUUUGCGACCAACAUCGUGACAAACAUUCGAGCCAUUUUUCCCACCUUUUUCGCGCCUUUUUUGCACCCUUGGGGGCGCUUAACCAAACGCCGCUCCGCGGAUCCUCUUUUCCUUUCCCCCGCUUUCCCAUCGCGGGCCCCCUUAAAAUGGCACGCCACACGCGGAACAAACGAGUGAAAGAACAACUGCGUAAAAAUAUGCCCCCACUGGCGUAACCCCGAAGGUGCGUUUGAACAGCCAAUCUGCGAAGCGCAGGAAUCCCCUCAAAAGAGCAUUUUAUAAUGGGCGUUGCGAAACAGAUAUUUGAGCAUGACCAAGUGAGGCUUCUAAACAUCGGCAGCUUUGCUGAAGCGCUAUCAUCCCUGGGCUCCGUCCCAAGCCUUAAAAGGUUUUUCUUCCCCAAGGAUGGCACGAACUACAACAGGGUGAGGCACAACUGCCGCACCAGCAGCGUCCUCAUCCUUCGCGCCAAUGAAUACUUAAGAAAGUUAAUCGAGUCAAUAUCGGUUGUGUUUUGGAAGGGCCGCAAAUGGAAAGGCACGUACUGGCCAAGCAAAUGGAAGUGGUACCACAGACACGGCUACUGGGCCACUCGAAAGAAGCUCCUCAGCUUCGACAAGUACAGGCCCUACAGGUAUCACGAGGUCAAGGGGCACGGAAAGCCGAAGCUUCAGUUCUGGCAGGACCACUCCUACUACAGGCCCCUCAAGCAGACAACGAAGUUCUGGUGACCAGUAGAGCGGCAGUGGAGCGGCACUAAUGCAGCACCAAAGCGGCAACUCAUUCAGCAGUGUGAGCCCCCUGGUUGAGGAACAAACGGAAGCAACUUGACGUGCGUCACACCCUAGUGCACCACUUUAUGAACAUGUGCGUGUGACAUGUGCCCAGUUUUGGAAGGGCCCCCUCCAGUUCCUACCCCCCGAAAGGGGGAAAGGCAAAGCGGCCUCUGUACCCACGAAGGGGAAACAAAACGGUGGCCGCCUUGCUAUGGAAC